GGGGAAGGGGAGGCAAGGGAGAGGAGGUUCCAGAGGGCUUCAAUGCCCAGCUAUGUGUCCUGGUAGAAGCCUUCCCCCCCCAGGACACAGAGGGAGCCCCAGGGACAAAAUACCAGAAGAAACUGAAGAAUCUUCUUCAACUUCCUGGAAGAAAUGUUCAGUUUCCCAGCAGCCUUUUACUCCUGCUAGACUGCGCUGAUGCCCAAGCUGCUGGGGCAGGUGCAUCACUACCAGGGGGUCAUGUUUACCGAUCUCAGGUUGCUCAGGCUGGAUGAUAAGGAGGACUGGACAGAAGACGAGGACCAGGACGAGGACCAGGGUCAAUACGGACACCCAGACCUGGACGAGGAUGAGCAGGACUCUGAUGAUCCUGCUGGUCAUCGUCACCGUGAUGCAGGAACACGGGAUGGUUACGAUGACCAUGAAGGACCUGAGAUGGAGUCUGCUGGCUUGGAAAAGGUCGAUGAGACCAACUCCUCAUCUUCAUCCUCCCACUCCUCCUCCAGCUCCUCCACCUCCAGGGGCUCCAUGGCUCGGGCCCCCAGCCCAAAGGGCACCAUCUGGGGCCCUUCAGAAAUGCUGACCUCCCUAUCCUCCAGAGAUGGUUCACACUGAAAAAAAAAGCUGAAAACCACACCACAAACUGGCACUAGGUAGAACUGACCUGAGCUGAGUCUGCGAUAACAAGGGGCACCAUGUAGCCAUCUCAAUGAUUCUGUGUCUUUGCUCUCACUUCUAAACCCAAAAGAAACAGAAGACUUUCCUCAAGGAUGGACAGAAUGUGGCUGCCAAGGGGAAAAAGACACACAGAAUAUUCAAGACCAACAAAGUGUCUCCCCUCAGCUCUGAACAUGAGUUCCUGACUGCAUAUCUGCUCAUUUAGGCUUUCCCACUCUAGUUGGCUCUCCCACCAGUUCACACACACGGACACGCACGCACACAGACAUGCAGACACGCACGCACAUCAUUAUAAAGUGAGAGGUCACAGUGGUGAAGUUCUGUGUGAUGUCAUAUCCUGUUUUGUGAUGGUGUUUCCUGUCCAGGCCCAGAUCUUGGCGAGUCCUCCAUUGCAGGAAAGGAAAAGAAAAAGUCCAUCAAAGCCUUCUUACGGAGGAUCUCUGCAGCACUCUCCAGGGCUUUCUGCUCCGGCUGCGUGUAGGACAUUCACUAGGAGAGGGCGCCACCUGCUCACUCAAAUGGCUUCAACGACAGAGGGAGAACCUCAAGAUGCAAAUUACGGGGGGGGGGUCUGACCCCCCUAAUUAAGACUUGGACGCCCCCCCAAAAGAGGUAAAAACAACAGGGGGGCAAUACACGCCCUGGAGCAGAAGUUGAUCCCCGAUUGUCAUUGUAUAAUUCGCACUCUGGGGAACCUGUCACUAUGGCAACAACCGUAGCUUCGAACAACCCUUUCCUUCAGAACUGUGUAAAAAAAAAAAGGGAUAUGCUCUAUUUUGUAGUUCAGAAUACCAAUAAAAACUACUGGCAUGUAGUUGAUUUCUCCUUUGUAAUUGUUAAGCUGUUUGUGUACAAGGUUGUGACAGCAACAUGUCAGGACUGCCGCUACAUAGUAGUGAUGGGAAGUUCGGUUCUUUUUACUGAUUCGGUUCUUUGAAUCUCGUUCAGUAAAAUGAACGAAU